CGGAAGCACAUGUAAACAAAGAAAGUUGUUUACAUUUAUUACAAAAAUAAUCUGACUCGGAAAGUGCUCAAAAUGGCACAGGAAGCAUUGAAUCACAGAGAAGAAAUGGAAGAAGAAGAUGUAGAUGACAGGGAUGACAGUAUGGAAGAAGAAGAUGUGUCAGAAGAAGAUCCAGAGGAAGACAAGCAGGGAUCAUUGGCUAAGGCAGCCAUCACGGGAAGAAGUGUCACAUUACAGAUGUUAAUUUCAGAGAAAAUCAUAGAUCCAGGCCCUGCUCUUCUUUCCUUGAAGUACCUGGGACGUAGAUUCAUUGCUGACUUGCUUCCAGAUGGCAGAAUCCAGAUGCCUGGAACCAAGGAGACCUUCACCUCACCAAGUGCCUGGGCAAUUCACUGCAAGAAACAAGUUAAUCCUCAUAAGAAAUCAGGAUGUGGAUGGGCUUCUGUUUUAUACAAGGAGAGAAAGCUUGACAUUUGGAAGGCAGCUUGGUUUCGUAAGCAUAGAACAUCCAGUCCUGCCCGCAAUAAUAUUGACUCUUCAAGUUCUCAGUCACCAAGGUCUCCUUGGAAUUCUCGUGAGGACAUAAAUGAUUCACGACCAGAGGCUCAGACUAAUGGAAAGCUGGCAGUGUCACGAUUGGCUGAUGACAGACAGACAGAGGACUGUCAAUCAUUGCUAAUGCCCCGCCCUGCUCACACCAGUACACCUAAUCAAAAUGGAAAAUCUGAAUCCAAAAGAAUGAAAGAAAAUUUGGGUAUUAGAAUUCAAGAAGAGGCAUUAAAUUUAUCCCUCAAGGCACCAAAGUCACCUCCUAGAAAAGAAUCGCAUACUUAUUCUGAGUCUGAGUCCUUUACCGAGAAGAACAACAACCACAGUGAGAGAAAAUGUAUUAGGCACGCAGCUCUCAAAUCCCGCAGCCAAAACAUUGACCCCCAUACCCUUGUGGAAUGUGAGUCUUUUAAGGAACUGGACAAAAUCCAACCUUUUACAGUGUCCAUAGCCAGUAAUGCACUUCUUCUAAUGGACUUCCAUUGUCACCUGACUUCCAGUGAAGUGGUGGGGUACCUCGGGGGAAAAUGGAACCAGAAUACACAACAUUUGACCAUUGUUAAUGCGUUUCCCUGUAAAUGUAGACUUGCAGACAGCAAAAAGGCACCCCUUGUAGAAGAAGAGAUCCGACAGUCUAUGAAUGAGCUGGGUCUGAUUUUGGUGGGAUGGUAUCACAGUCAUCCUUUCUCAGAAGCUCAGCCCUCAGUAAAGGACAUUGACUGUCAGAUGUCCUACCAGCUUUGUAUGAAAGGAUCAGGAUCUAAUUACUUCCCAUGUGUAGGAGUCAUCAUAGCUCCAUAUAACAGACAGAGAACAAAGAAGGAAUCUGCUUGCCGAAUGUACAUGGUCAUGCCACCUCUGGAUGAGCAGCCCUCAGAUUAUGGUAUACCUAUGAUUGUCAAAUUCUCCCUACAGAAGAAUCUGUCUGUGACAGAAGAACUACUUAGUGAAAUGAAAACUGUGACAGAUUUUUAUCGGAGUGCCCCAGAUUGGCUGAAAUUCAGACAGUGCUGGCAGCCGACCAUAACAUACCUGGACAAAUUGAAGGGUUCCCUUGCCACAAAACUGCCUGAAGAUCAGAUGGAGAAUGGAACUUUCCUGGAAUUUGUUCAACAUUUGAUUCUGUCAAAAUGAAUGCUUUCAAAGCAGUACAAAAUAAGCACUAAACCCACCAAAGUUCACAUGGUGUUUUGUUAGGUAGUUAGCAAAACUACUUGACACAAGCAUCAGAAUUUGAAUCAUUAAUGAACAAACAUAUAGCAGCUAAUUAAACUGUGCCUAAUGUGUUAGUAAGUAGGUUUAACUGGUGCUGUUUGGUUUAUGUGUAUGGAGUAUUUCUCUGGGUGUUCCAGUUUAUGUCUGUUAAUGAUGAGAUUCAGUAUGUCUUCCCAUUUUUAAGAACAUUAUGUACAGAGUUAUUUGAUAAAUUUUGUAUGCCUUACAGAUAGUUAGAGCAUUAUUACUAGAUUCAUGCACUGUGUUAAAAAUGUUACAGUACUUUGUUUAUAUGUUCACUAGUUACUUUGUAUUUUCAACAGUUAUUUUGUUUAUAUCAAGUGCAUACAUGUAUAGUUGUAUGUGUAUUUCUAUCAUCUAAAGGUUGUACAUGUGCAUAAAGAUGUUGUGCAUAAAAACAGGACUGAAAACGAAAGCAUAUUUUAUGUUUUAAGAAUAUAUCAAAUAUUCCAUAGAAAAUUGACAAUUUUCAUUCAAACAAACAAGAAUAUAGAAAACCUUUUUUAACCAAAGGGGUUUCCUGACUCUUUUGUGUAAUGAUGCAAGCAAAGUUGUGUUUAAGAUACAUGUAGAAGCAUUAUGAAUUAUACAUGCAUAUCUAGGCAGCAGUUUUUAGAAUUGUAUUCAUUAAUUAACACUAUGCACAAGUAAAUCAGGUGACUUAUUUACAUGUUAAAGUUAUUUUUUACAAUGUAAUUCAAUGUUUACACAGGUUUUUUUCUGUAUCAUAAUUCAUCCAUUUGCUGUACAGUGUACUAAAUAAAUAUGCACCCAUCAUCAUAAUAUAUGGAAGCUUUAUAAGCAGUAGAUUAAUAUAACAAAUUCACAUGAAUAAGCAGAUGAGUAGAUAUCCACUUUGGAAAAUAUGUAGUAUUUACAAUUAUGAAAAAUAUAUUAACAUGUAAAUAAUUUUUUUUUUAUCACAACCAAAAUGCAUUAUACAGUGCAGUUCCCUGCAAUUUUCUCAUUAUUGGUUUUUCCUUACCAUACAUGUAGUCUAGGGCAUAUAAAUAUUAGUCUGUUUCAAUGAUGAUUAGGCUUCAUUCUAUUCUCAAGCUGAUUGUUUAUAUUAGGACUACAGAUAACUACAUGAAUUUUGAUAACUAAUUUUCACAUUGAAAAAUUAAGAUACCCAAAAAAGCUGAUUAUAAUAUGCAUACACUUUAUUUUGUACUUUCUAUAGUUCUUGUUUAUAUAAUGUUAAAAGUUAAUAAACGUUUCUUUGCUGCUGGAUUACAAUACAUUUUUAUAAAAUUAUGUGUAUUUAUGUAUAUGCAAUAAACUAUGCAAUAUUUCA